UAAAGCGGAGCAGGUUGCAAGGGUCCUCGCACUGGCGGGACUUCCAGUGUUGUGGCGGGGCGCGGAGAACUAGCCACCUUCCUGGCUGUGGGCAGGAAACCGGAAGAGGUCCCUGAGCCCGCGAACCUGAAGCGGAAGUGGAAGUGUAACGUUUGUGAGGGAGACAGCUACCUCACUUAACAAGUCUCUGUAGUCUCAGAUGUGUGGCUCUUCCUCAAGUGUCUGGAGCUGAGAUGCGACCCAGGAAGGGAACUGUGGCUAGCUAAGGAGUCAAAGCUUGAUGUUACUUCCAGAUCUCAUGUCAACACUGAGCCCUCAAUUACUGGUGGCAGUUGCUCAGCAGACCCUGGGCAUGGGAAAGAAAAAGGGUCCACCUCGAGCCAUCUGCCUUCACCUGGCUGGAGAAGUGCUGGCUGUGUCCCGGGGGCUGAAACCUGCUGUGCUGUAUGAUUGCAACGGUGCAGGAGCAUUGGCACUCCAGAAUUAUCUGGAGGAGCUGCAGGGGCUGGGCUUUCUGACUUUGGGACUUCACAUUCUUGAAAUUGGAGAAAAUAACCUCAUUGUCAGCCCUGCACAUGUAUGUCAACACUUGGAACAGGUAUUGCUUGGUACCAUAGCCUUUGUGGAUGUUUCUGGUUCCCAACCUCACCCUUCUAUCUGUUCCCUGGACCAGCUUAAGGAUUUGAAGGACAUCGUGACAGAGAUCAUCACACAUUUGAAGGGGCUGCAGAGGGAUCUAUCCUUAGGAGUCUCCCACAGCAUGCUCCAUUGCUCAGACUGGAAUCUUUGUACUCUAUUUGGGAUCCUCCUGGGCUAUCCUGUCUCUUAUACCUUUCACCUGAACCAAGGAGAUGACAACUGCUUAGCCUUGACCCCACUACGGGUGUUCAGUGCUCGRAUCUCAUGGCUGCUAGGUCAAACCUCAGUCCUGCUCUAUUCCUUUAGUGUCCCAGAAAUCUUGUUCCCAGCCCUGAGGGACACUCUAAAUGUCUGGGAGAAGAACCUCAGAGCCCAAUUUAGGACUCAGAAUGACUUUGCUGACCUCAGCAUCUCCUCUGAGAUAGUCACACUGCCGGCUGUGGCCCUCUGACUUUAAUUUUUGUCCUCCUAUGUGGAAGGCAUUCAGAAGAUGGACCCUCUUACUCUGGGAGGUGGCUGCUGGCUGUGGUUCAGCUCUUCUCGACAGUGCUGCAGCUUACGCAUGCA